GUAACUAACAUUUCUGAAAACUGUCAAAAUAUUUUUAUUUUUAAUAAGUAAAUUGAGAUUUUAAUACAAGGUAUAUACAAAAUGGGUAUUUGCGAUUGCUUUGAAAAUAUCAGCAUGCCUCCUUGUGUGUGGUUUGAAGGAGGAGACAAAAGGAAUGCAUAUGCCUCUAUGUUAGCAGGAUUUUUAUUUUUCGUAGGAUGGUGGGUGAUUAUUGACGCUGCAAGUGGCCACAAUACUGUUUUACCAGGAUACCACAUGUGCGGUGUUGUCGGCACUUUGUCUUUGAUUAUGGUUAAUUCAAUUUCUAAUGCUCAGAUGAGAGGAGAUGCAUAUGAAGGAGGCUGUAUGGGGCCCCGUGGUGCUAGGAUUUGGUUGUUUUUAGGUUUUGUCAUGGGAUUUGCAUCCGUGAUUGCCUCUUGUGGAAUAUUGUUCUCCGAUUACAUGAAAGAAGGAAAUCGUUGGCCAGGUGUAGCUCUGUUCUUACAAAACGCGUUGAUAUUAAUUGCUUCUAUUAUUUACAAAUUUGGAAGAUCCGAGGACUUAUGGGGAUAAAGGGACUAUCUCAAUAAUGGAAUUGUUCCAUAAUAAAUAAUUCCUCUUUAAAAUUAAGUUACUAAUACUUCUGUUCAGAAUAGUAAUUUCCAAUAUUCCAAAAUCUACGAUAUAUAUUUUUAAAAAUAUAAAAAUUAAAAUUUAGUAAUAAAUGUUUCCUAGUAGAUGAAUAUUUUUCAUGAUGCAUUUGGACUUAAGAGGACAAAAAAGUGUAUGCAACUAUUUUUUAUUAUAGUUAUAUUUAUUUUAGUUUGUAGUAUAUGGAACUAAUUUUAAAUGAAAUAAUUUUUAGA